AUGGAGGCGCCUCAAUUCACUGAAACGCAGCCCACGCAGCAAUCCCCCGCAACUCAAACUCAAAACGGACCUCAAUCAAAUCCAAAUCAGAUAUGUCAACUACUAUGCACCACGGGUCAGUAUGCAAAUAAGACGCUUAGUUUGACCGACAAACCUGAAGAAGAUGGAAAAGUUGUUUGGUAUUUUGGGCGAUCCGGAGAUGCCGACUUACAAUUAACGUCGUCAUCUCGUUUAUCCAAUAGACAUUUCAUGGUUUGGUUCAAUUUGAAGGAUAACUCGUUAUGGCUACGGGAUACAUCAACAAACGGUACCUACCGCAAUGGGCAAAGGGCAGUGAAAGGGUCCAAUUAUUUGCUCAGUCAAGGAGACGAAAUAAGUGUGGGAAAUGGAGUUCCUAAGGAUGUGGUGAAAUUCAUUGUUGUAUUUACUGAUCGAUUCAAUCCAGCCCUUUCCCCAGACACGAAUAUCAAAGAUGAAGGUAUAUACAAGGAUUACAUUAUCAAAACAGAAACAAUUGGACAAGGAGCAUUUGCAACGGUGAAGAAAUGCAUUGAAAGAUCAACGGGUAACUCAUACGCAGUAAAAAUUAUCAAUCGACGAAAAGCGUUGAGCAGUAAUGGUGGUGCAAGUGCAUUAUCAGGAGCUGAGCGGGAACUAUCCAUCUUGCGGAAACUACACCAUCCAAAUAUCGUAUCGCUAAAGGGGUUUUACGAGGAUGCAGAGAAUUACUACAUUAUUAUGGAGUUGGUUCCUGGGGGUGACUUGAUGGGAUUUGUCGAAGAGUUUGGUCGAGUUGGAGAAGAAGCAACAAGAGUCAUCACCAAGCAAAUAUUGGAAGGGAUAAACUAUGUUCACCAAUUGGGAAUAUCACAUCGAGAUUUGAAGCCAGAUAAUAUUUUGAUUAUGCAAGAUGAACCAAUAUUGGUGAAGAUCACCGACUUUGGGUUGGCCAAGUUUAGUGAUAACCUGACUGUUAUGAAGACGUUUUGUGGAACCUUGGCGUAUCUUGCUCCAGAAGUGAUUACCGGAAAGUAUGGUCUGUCACAAGCGAGCCAAGCUAAUAGUGAUUACUCUUCAUUGGUGGAUAUAUGGUCAUUGGGGUGCUUGGUUUAUGUUUUAUUAACAGCACUUGUUCCAUUUCCAGGAAAUAGUCAUCAAAAGAUGUUUGCCAGGAUAAAAAAGGGGGAAUACCAAAAAGCGCCAUUGGAUACAUUCAAAGUCAGUAAAGAGUGUCAGGAUUUUCUUCGUUGUUGCUUGCAGGUUAACCCUGAGAAUAGAUUUACUGCAGCUGAAGCUUUAAAGCAUAAAUGGCUAUGCGAGGAUGAUUCAUCUCAAUCAUCUUCGCAAAAGCCAUUGAGCUUAUCACAAUCGCAAUCACAACAAUCAAGAAAAGUGGACAAUAGUCAAUUUGACUCGUUGAGUAGGAUUGACGAGGACUUUAUGCUUCGACCUUUGGAUAGUGAGAGGAAUCGAAAGACAUCGAAACAAAAGCAGAAUGAUUUCAAGGUGCCUAAACGGGUAGUACCAUUGCCACAAUCGCAAGUUCCUAUGUCACAACCAUUGCCAAUGUCGCAUCCGCUGAAACGUCCGUAUCUCAUGGAGCCAAUCUACCCCGAUGGAUCUACUAAGCGCAUAAAGUUGGAGCCGCAAAUAGUGGCUAAUGGCAACAUUUCCAUUAAAAAGGAGGAUUUAAUGGAUGAUAAGGAAGGAAACGAAUCAAUUCUUAUGACAUUGGAACCGAUCCCAGAUUCUUUAUACACAGAGCCUAUACCUGUUUCCAGUGAUAGGUUUGCCAUUGGACGUGCUGAUGUUUGCAACGUAGCCAUAAGUGAUGACCGAUUAUCAAAAAUACACUGUAUACUCAAAAGCGAUAAUGGUACCAUCUGGUUACUUGAUAUGAGCACCAACUCAUGCAAGGUGAAUCAAGUUUCACUUGGAAAGGGAAUGAAGAGACAAUUACUUGAGGGUGAUUUAGUUUACCUUUUCGAUGAUAAUAUUAAUAAAGAAUUUAUUGCAUUCAAGGUGAAGAUGAGUCAACUGGUGCUGGCUGAUGUGUCAACGGAAGAGAUUAAGGUGUUGGAGCAAAGCUUGGAUGAUUUGAAAUUAAAAGAGCUGCUUAUUGAAAGUAUGUAA